UGGUCAAUUCGCCGUCCAUGCUAAACACGACCGUUUGGAGAACGUCCGUCUGAUCACAGUCAAGAUGAGUCUGAGAAAGCAGACCCCGAGCGACUUUCUGAAGCAGAUCAUUGGGAGACCUGUGGUGGUCAAACUGAACUCUGGUGUCGAUUACAGAGGUGUUCUGGCCUGUCUGGAUGGUUACAUGAACAUCGCCAUAGAGCAGACAGAGGAGUAUGUCAAUGGACAGCUGAAGAACAAGUAUGGGGAUGCCUUUCUAAGAGGAAACAAUGUUCUUUACAUCAGCACCCAGAAGAGGAAAGUGUAGUGAAGAUCGUUUUGUGUUUUCACUUUUAUUUUUUAGUGAUUCCUGUUUCAGAGGACAACUGUCAUAAGUUUUUGGUUCUGUAAAGCCUGAAGUUCUGCAGAAUGUUUGUUUUGUAUAAGUGGAAUAAGUUAAUAAAUUCUGGUUUUUGAUUUAA